GUCUUUUGGAGCAUUCUGGAGCAUAUGGGACGUGAGGAGCAUGGAAGGACUUGGUGCAUGGACACAGCUCAACAGGAUACGCAAAGGAAGAAGGAGGAAGCCAUCUUGAAGACCAGCUCGACCAUCUACUCGACCAACCGGUCGAGUUCGCCAACUCGACCGGCCAAGCUUCAACUCGAUCGAGCUGAGAAGUCAAAGUCAAACCCGAAAAAUGUUGCUUCCCCCUUGACUUGUCUUUGA